GCAUCAACUGCAGCGUAGACGCCAUGAGCAAGCGGCAACUGGGCGAGAUCAACGAUGAGAGCAUGGGCGAGUCCGAGGAAGGUUCGGGCGACGAAGAAGACAUUGUGCUCAAAUCCAAUGGCGACCAGAAGGAAACCGUAGACAUUGACUUUGUCUUCACGGAUCCAUGCGAGGAAAACUUCCACAGCGUCAAGCAACUGAUCAGUACUAACUUUCUCCCACCGACAGCGCUGGACACAUCCAACUUGGCUAAUAUUAUUGUUAGCCAAGUUAGCAUUGGGUCUAUGGUCUGCUGUGAAGGAGAAACGGACGUAUUUGGGUUCAUUACGGCGCUUAGCCUGAAGAGGUAUGCGAACGAGCCGUCCAUUCGACAAAUCGAGUCCCUCGUCCUCGACAAAUGUCCCAAGGACCUCAAGUCGCGUCUUACAUCGAUCUUGUCGACCAAGACCGUUGGUCUUGUCAUGAAUCGGCGCAUGAUCAACUUGCCAUACCAGUUGGUCCCGCACUUGCACAGCGCGUUGCAGCAGGACAUCGACUGGGCCAUCGAAAACACAGAAGACCCUGCAAUGAAGUCUUCGUUCAAGUUUGACUACUUCUUGAUUCUCGCUGGUGUGCAAGUCGAUAUUUCGUCUUUGAAGAAGCCUGCUGGUAAGAAGGCAAAAGGCUCAUACCCCGACCCAGCAGUCAAGUCGUUUGACAACUUUGAGGAAGAGUUCCUUGAAGCGCAAGCCGACCUCCACUUUACCGUUCCCACCGAGAACGUGCUCAAAGAAGGCUCUGGUUUCAGCACGGAACUGUCCGUCAUGCUCGUGUCGAGGCAAAAACACCAAGAAACGAUCGUUAGUAUGUCGCAGAUGCUCGCCGCGUAAGUCGAAGUCGUUUAUAAUAUUAGCCACACGCACACCAAUUCACUCGACUACAUCUUCCA